AACGCAGAUAUUUUUGACACAUCGGUGACGUUUUUUGACAAGCACUCUCUGCGUUUGUGCGAAAUCAGCUGAUUGAGCUGAAUUUAGUACAUGCGUAAAUUGUUGAAUGCUGAAUUUGGUGAAAGGAAAAUUACAAGAAUUAAAAGGUACGUAGAAAAUGUCGAUUUUGUGCUAGUGUUUAAAAACAAUGAAAUCUGUAUCAAUUUAGUUAAGGAACUGCCAUUUGAUGUCAAAAUUGCUUUGAUGAAAGAAAUGAGUUCGACAUAUGGAGAUUGCUCAAAACCGAAAAAAUCCAAAACUUCUGAAGAAAUCGCAUUCACAUCUUACUGGGCACAUUUACCAUCCCUUUUGCUUCAACACAUUUUUGAUCUACUAAGCAAAGAAGACAGGCAAAAUGCAUCCGCUGUUUGCAAACAUUGGAGAGAAAACAGCUUCCACCCAAAGUGGUUUCCUUUCGUGACCUUCAGACUGGAACAAUGUAAUUUGGAAAGGGCUCGUUUCCAAAUAUUCACAUUCGGGAGGAUCACUACGAACGUGAAAAUAAUCAUAAAUUCGUUAUCUUCGGAAUGCGUCGAGGAUUUUAUAUAUUUACUGAGGGAGAUGCAGAAGAACAACAACAUCAAGAGUUUGAUGUUGGAACCGACCCAUUGCAGGCUCGAACUUCCCAUACAACAAAAUGGCAAUAGAUGCAAUGGAGAUUACGAAGAAAUUUUAUCCCUGCUGAAAUCCUGUUUGCCGAGACUCCACAAAUUCAGCAUCGGCUGUCUCGAAGAUUUUUCCAUCCAGCUCGAAGAAAUUUUAGAGAAUUUAAAUCCUUCCACUAUUACUCACCUAGGAUUAGCAUCUGUAAAAGACAUUCCGGUAAAGCAAGGCGGCAGCUACUUCGAUCCUAACUUGAUAAGUCCCUUCACAAAACUAAGAAUUUUAAGCAUAGAUUACGAUCAGUUAUCGGACGAAUUUCUAUCGAAACUAGACGGUGCAACGGAAUUGGAAAGAUUAGUUGUGCACCUGCACGAAAUCCGUCAGAACCAUCCAGGCACGACCAACAACGCUUGGAGCAAUUUCAACAAGAACCACCAAGGCUGUGAGCUCCGAUUGACAGUGAUACACGCUUUCAAAGACAUAGAUAACCUCCACGAGACAGUAUUGAGGCAUAAAAUGCCGCUGUCGCAUCUCAAAGUGUUCUUCUGCGAACAGGUGAAUUUGCAAGUGGUGGAGAACCUGUCGGCGUACGCCGACACGUUGCGCAGCAUCAUAUGGGUGGACUCGCUGAGCAACAGCCAAAAUAGCUGGCUGUUGGUGAAGCCGUGGUUCGACGCGAGUCCCGACCCGUUCGUGUUGACGGCGUGGCUGUGCAAACAUUUGGAAGAGUUCGUCCUGUUCGGGUACAAGUACUGGGAGGAGAAUUUGAUCGCCAUCGGCCGAUUGCGCGGCGAUACGUUGAAGAGAAUGGAAAUCGCCGAAUCGGACGUUCUCUGUUCGUCUCGGCGAACUUUCACAGUCCUGGAUACAAACGACUAUUCGGAGAAACCGUGGAAACCUGUGAAAAGAUCGAAACUGCACCCAGUAGUUCGUAAUCCGACGGGCGGGGAUUCGGAUGAAUAUUUGUUACCACUAGUUUUAGCAGACCUCCACUAGUUAAGUACAACUUACAAAUAAAACUUCAAACAUCUAUUUAACCGAGCACCUAAUUAAAUAUUUUUUUUAUUUUGUUUGCUCUCUUUAAUUCGAUAAACGGUUGCGAGAAUGACGUUCAAAUAAAUAUUGUUUUAUAGGGAGAUUUUUGUACAUGUAGAAGCGAGUAAAUCGACGGUUACAUUUUAAUUAGAUAACAUAUACAAAUACUGCAUUAAAAUAUUAUAUAAAUGUGUCUAAUUUUAUAAGUAGUGUUAAAAAAAUGUUAAAUUAACGCACGUUGCUGUAUCUUAAAUGUUGCCCCAGAUUUGGCGCUUCUGCAGGUCGUGAAUGAACGAUUUAUCAGGAAAAAAAUUAUUGUUUUUUAUAGUAUAUAAUGUGUUAGUUUAAGCUGAAAGAGGUGAUAUAAAAAUACUUUGCACAUUCCAACAAAUAUCCAAACGUGCAAAGUCUGACUAUUUUCGUUGAUAAAUGAAACAGUAGCGAUAAGAAGUUAAACAUCUGUGAUAUUGAAACACUUAAAAAGAAUGAAAAGCAAACGUAACAACGAUCGAUGAGCUCUUUAAAAUAAAAUACGUUGAGAAUUGUCGCCGAUUCGUAACGAUUUCGAACGGUUGUUUGAGGAUAAAACGGAACAAAAAAAUUGCUUUUCUUUUGACCAAAACAUAGGUUAAUAACGCAGCCUAUUCUUAUGAUCUGUUUUUUGUUUUAUUAUAUUUUUUGCGUUGAAUUUUAUAUUUUUAUUUUAAGAACUAUAUGCAAUAUAUCCAAUACAGUUCCUACAAUGUUAAGUAUGUUACAUACAAUGUGUUGAUUAUGUAAUGUUGCAGUAUUUAUGUGUUCAAUGUGUAAGUAAUAACAAGAACAAAUAAAACAAAAUUACGUAGACAAAUGUUCGUUGUGGAGCUGAUUAACAGUCAAAAUAUGUUUACUUUUUAGCCAAUUUUUGUUUUUAUUUAUACCACGUUUUUUAUAUACGCAAAUGAGACUGAUGCGAGUUGUUGUUGAAUUGAAAUUUUAUAGUUUUUAAAAAUUUGUUACCACUGCAAAUUACAUAAUUCAACGAAUAUUCUAUUUCAAAUGCUUAAGAACAUUUAAUGAUAAAUAAUUCUCAAGUUAGUGAUUACACAGUAUUAAAGAUAAAGAGAUUAAACAUGAUAUAUUGAAAAAAUAUUGACCAAAGACCAAUAUAUUCAAGUCAGGUUAAUAAAAAGUUAUGAGAAACUAAUUAUAUUACUUCUUUAGUGCGAAGAAAGAUGAAUCUGUAUCUGUAAUUAUAUAUAAUUCAAAAAAUAUAUAUCUUGUAGGUAGAUAAUAAUGUAGAACUGAUCAUAUAUAUGUAUGUGUUACAUUUUCUUAAUUGAAUGAUCGAUUGUUGAAGAUGAUUUUACGAAGAAUGUACCAAGCACAGUCAUCAUACUUAUCUAGUAUUCAUUCAAUGCCAAUAUUUGUGUAAUUACCACAAUUUUUUUUGCAUUCUUCGUAUAACGAUUUAUUGGAUAUCGUAUACUCGAAUUGUCGAAUAUAACUUAUUUUUCAUCGACAAAAUUGUUAAAGAAUUAUUGCUGAUCGAUCCGAUUUGAGUAUACUUUACAGCGACUGUACGUUUUUUGUUAUGAUUCGAUUAUCAAAACGUCGAAUAAUUUGAAUAUCAACUUUUAUGUGAGUGAAUCAAAGAUUAGUGACAAAAAAUCAUUAAGAUCUUGUACCUGAAUAACAAAGUGAUUGUAACAAAACUUAACCUGCUAUUGUAAUGAGAGAAAAACUAGUCCAAGAUAUUAGUAUUAACAAGAUGUUUUACGAUUGUCAUUUAGUAUGUCUCGUGUGUGUGUCGGAAAUGCAUCCAAUGUGCAGGGUUUCAUUCGGAAUAAUUUGCUAAUUGCACGAAAAUUGUUACGAAACCCACAAACAUUCCUGUAUCGUUAAAUAUACUUUAGAUUCCCAGUUCCUGCGCAUUGGAUGCGAGUUUGUUGCCAUCGAAAUCUGUUGAUGCUCCAUCGGGAUCGCAGAACGAUCAGAGCUACUUAAUUAACACGCGAUCCCCAUUGGAACUUACGUUAAUAUAUCUGUGAUGAAAAGGACUCAUUGUUAACAGCGUACAUAUGUUAAACACACGCUGAUAAAUUGCAAUGUAGGUCUCAAUACGCAGCGCCGAUUCUCUGCUGGUAGCUGAUAUUUUGUACUUUAAGUGCUGCCAAUCGAAUUAAAAAAAAUCAGACAAUAAACAGAUGGGGAAGCAUCAUUACCAGCAUGAAUAUUGAUGUUGUUGUCCAUUUGAACAAUGAAUCGAACUUUGAAUAAAAUUCUUGAACUAGAGGCAAUGUACUUGGUAAUCUCUACCAUUCUCGCGUCGGUUAUGGAAUUAUACGAGACAUUUGUUGGUGGUAGAGGUUACUAAAGGGAUUAGUUCGGUUGUGUUAAAUAAAUUAGGUACCUACUUGUCUGAAUUUUUUACUGUACCAAUACAGAUUGAUUCACUGGGUACGUCGUUAUUUCUCUUGCAUUCAAAUUGAUUGAGUUAUGCAAUUAUGAUGUAAUUAUAGGGAUAUUCUAAAUGUCUUUAAAGAAUUGUUAUACUUUGUGGAAUAGAACAAUCGUCAUUAAAUUGGCAGCCAUUCGUUGUGAAUCAAAAUGUAUUAUAUGUGGUUACGUCGUUUCGUAUAUAUUUUAUUUGAUAUUCUAUUUUUUGGUAAAUUGUAUUUUCGUUUUAAAUUUCACAUUGUCCAUCAAAUGGCCGUAAAUGAUUCAACAUGGAUUUUACAACUGAAUUGAUUCAACCAGGGACAUUAUUAUCCAUUUUUGACAUGUUGAAAUCAAGUAAUGAGUUUAUUUAAAGUAAAUUUAAUGCAUGAUUUGAUUUCGCUUAAAUUUUUUCUCGAAUGUGUAAAUAAGGUAUUUUUUUGGUGUAGUUGUAAACUGUAUUUUAUUGGUUUUCAAAUAUAUAUAAAAAUUACCUAUAUUACGAAUUUAUUCUAUUAGAAAUAUAUGAAUGUAUUUAAAUUUUAGAGUUUUUCUGCAAUUUUAAAUAUAAAGCACGGUUUUUGAAUCAUCAGGCGCAAAUUAUUGCAAUAUUGUUGUUGAAUUGUAACUAUUGCUGUUUUUUAAUAUUUUGAAGCGAUCGGAAAAAUUACAAAAAAAUUAAUUUGGAAAAUUUUUGAUUUGCUUCUAGGAAUUUUAGAGACGAAAUUGUUAUUUAACACUAAUCUGUUAAUAUUCUUUGUUAGAACACAAAUUCAUGUUAGUUUUAUGUUUCAUAUUAAUGUCUUAAAAAUAAAAAUACAAUUCGAUUUGUCGAUUUUAAUUUUAUCCCCAUACUUACCCAUUCCAUUAAUUUGUCGAGGACGUUAAAAAAACAAUAAAAACUAUAAACUAAUUUAAUAUUAUACAUUAUCCAUGAGAUUGUAUUAAAAUUCAAAAACAUUUUACGGAUAUAACAAAUUAUACAAGCAUUUUACAAGGGCUGAACAACCACGAAUAAAACAUAAACUAAAUAUGUAUUAACAGAUAAUGUUCAAAUUUAUAUAAAAAAAAUCACUUAAAUCCCAUAAAAGAACUGGAAACAAACAAGUGACACUUAUUUUAUAUUUGAGGACACAACAUGACAAGUAUGAUUGUAUUUUACGAUGUUUCUCCUAAAAAAUACACUUAUAAAACAGCAUUUCCAAUAAUUACGAAUUAAUUUCUUCGUUAACAUUUCAACCGAGCCCUUAACGCAAGUUAAAAAACAGUUCGUACGUCACAAACGCCCCGGCCAAUCUACAAAUACACUUGUCAUUUACUAAACCUUACUUAAUUCCUAAUGGUACGAUCCGACUUUCAUUUUCUUCGGCCUCCUCUGCUGCAACGAUCCCUCCGCAUCAGACGUGUCCGAUUCGGUCUCGUUAAAUACACUAUCUUUGAUGUCCGCGUCGAGAUUGAACGACCCUGUCGAUUUAGCUUUUUCUAACGUACGAACUAAAAUGUACCUUUUAUAGUCAAUUACGAAACUAACAUCGAUGAAGGGAGGAGAUUGCUUCGAAAUGAAAUACAUGUGUAAUGAUUGAUCAUUUUUUGGGCGUAUUAAUAAGCUACAAAUUAGAGAGUUCUAUUCGGUUUAAGCAAGAGAUAUAUUUUGAGUUAAUUAUGUUCUCUGUCAGACAAAAACAGCAUAGUCUUACUUUGAGCUUCGAGCAAGGUAUUCUGCCUCUUCAGAUCUUCGAUGUCUUGUUGGUGCGAGCUGUUCUUUUUCCUCAUGAAGAGGAUGUACUCGGCGGCUUUCUUCAAAAUCUGUGCUCUACUCG